AUGGAUCAUCCGGUUCCAGUGAUUGUUGUGUCUGGUAACUGGGCAAAGAAACAAAAAUAUGUAUUUAACACUGACGAUAGAGGUUGUAGAAUUGUGCAAAUAGAUGCGGAAACAACGCACGAGAAGCUAGUGAAAUUGGUUCUUGAUGACUACGGACUGCAUCAACUCAGCCACAAGCCACGACUUUGUGUUGAGUUCGCGAAGUUGAAGGACAGAUCGAAUUCAAGGACGAAACGGCCACGCAGUUUGGCUUCAGAAGUAGAAUAUACAUAUGAAGACGCAAGAGGAUUUGAUGAGGAUGAAGAAGAAGAUGACGAGUUUUCAACCCGAUUUGACGUAUUCGACGACUCCGAUGGUGCGUCAUCUGACGAUGAUAACUUUACUAUCUACGGCGAGCGUGAGGAGAAAGAUGAAGAUUUACCGGCUGCUACUCAAAACAGAGGUCAUUACUUUGGCAAAGUAGAAUCGAUUGGGAACUCGGAGUCUUUAACGGUGGAGAUGGCUAAGCUAAACCUCGUCGUAGGACAACGAUACGCGAACAAAGACGAGUUGGAGAAACGAGUGAAACUUCUUGCAGUGAGAGAUGGAUUUGAUUUUUCAGUACCAAAAUCAAAUACGACUAUAGUGAAUAUUAAGUGCUGGGUUGAAGGAUGUCUUUGGAGAGUUCGUGCAUCUCAAGAAGGAGAUCAGCCUGGUUUUGUUGUUUGUAUAUACGAUUCGAUGGAUUAUUGGAAGUCAUACAAGACGCUAAGGUUUGCAAGACAGAUCGAUAUGGGAACUCCUGAGGGAAGUUUUGGAGAAUUGCCUUCCUACCUAUACACGAUAAGACGGGCAAAUCCGGGUACAAUAACGCGUCUUCAAAUUGACGAGUGUGACAGAUUCAAGUAUGUCUUCAUUGCUUUUGGUGCGAGUGUUGCUGGUUACAAAGGGACGCUUCUAACAGCCCUAGCUCAGGAUGGAAAUUUCCAAAUUUUCCCAAUAGCUUUCGCAGUUGUUGACACUGAAAAUGAUGAUUCUUGGCGUUGGUUUUUUACACAACUCAAAGUUGCUAUUCCAGACGAGAGGAAUCUUGCGAUCAUCUCGGACAGACAUAAGUCAAUAGGGAAAGCAAUUGGUGAAGUGUAUCCGUUGGCUUCUCGUGGAAUUUGCACUUAUCAUUUGUACAAGAACAUAUUGGUGAAGUUCAAAGGGAAACAUUUGUUCCCACUUGUGAAAAAAGCGGCUAGGUGUUUUCGGAUGGCUGAUUUUACAGAAGCAUUCAAUGAGAUUGAAGCGCUUCAUCCUGAACUACAUGGAUAUCUCGAAAGAGCUGGGGUGCAAAUGUGGGCGCGUGUUCAUUUCCCGGGUGAAAGGUACAACCUAAUGACUUCGAACAUUGCGGAAUCUAUGAACAAAGCACUAUCAAAUUGUAGAAGUCUUCCCAUAGGUCGUGUAACUGCAUCAAGACUUUUUGAAGUACAACCGAUUGAUGCUUUACGUGUACAAGUACAAUAUGGGACAUCUUUGCAUGCUGUAAAUUUGGAUGCAAAAAGAUGUACAUGCCGCCGUUUCGAGCACGAGAAAAUACCAUGCGUCCAUGCAAUCGCAGCUGCAGAGCAUAUGGGUGUGUCUCGUAUUUCACUGGCCGAUCCGAACUACCGGAGCAAUUAUUUGGUUAACGCGUACGCUGAUUCAAUCUCACCUCCGGAUACUGCACUCUCGGUUCCUGAAAUUGUAACUAACCAACCGUGCGUGCCUCCGAUCGUUGCAACCCAGCCAGGAAGGCCGAAGAAAAGCAGGAUUAAAUCAACUGUGAAAAUUGCACUUGAGAAUAAACGCCCGAGGAAACCACACGCAUGUUCUCGAUGUAAAGAAGUUGGGCAUAAUGCAAAAACUUGUCGGAAGUAG